CAUAAUAUAAUUUCUUUAGUAUAAAAAGGUUACACUUCCACAAUUUGAACAGUCACACAGUCGUAUUCUAACAUUGUCAAGAAAAAUGUCUGAGAAACGUGACAGUGCAAGUUUCCCAAAUGAAGAGGCGAAGAAGAAGAUCGAGCUUGAUAUAUCUUCAUCAAGCGGGUCGCACUCUAAUGUUAAACAAGGAGAUGGCUCAGAAAAGGGUGCUGUUGAUUCAUCUGCAAGUGCAAUAGUGGAGAAUAAACCCAGAAACCAGGAUGAUAUGGAUUUCUCAUCUAGGACGGUCCCAGCAAGCAUUCAUGAUCAAGAUUCUCAAACCAAGAAGACGGGCAGUUUAUCAGCAAGUUGCAGCAGCAAAGACCAGCCUUCCAUCAAGAUGAAUAAGAGAACCCUCCUCUACAAGAAGAGCUUAACCCAUGACGAUGUCACCAAGUUCAAGAUCAUGAUUCCACUAGAAUCUGGUAGAAAAUUUAUCCCUGAACCUGAGAAAGUUGACGGAAAAUAUAAGAGCAGAAUAAUGUUACUUAUGGACCAUGACCAACAGAUCUGGCCCAUGGAUGCUUCAUUCGACGAGAUGAGCAACUCUUACAUGCUUUGUUUGAACUGGGACAAAUAUUUUAAGAGAUAUGAAUUGGAGGCCGGGGAUGUGAUUUUCUUAUAUUUCGAUCCUGCAAUUCCCUCUUUUGGCCACUUCUUGCUUGAAUAUGAAAAGAAGGGGCGUGACAGCAAUCGCAAGGAGACAGCUUGAGGGCAUAUAUGAAGCGAAGCCUUUUUGGUGGGUGAAUGCAUUCAGAAUCUAGCUAGGUAAUAUUGUUUCUUCUUCUAAUUCUUCCAAGGAGACUCAAUUUUAAUUAGUUUUUUACAUGUACAAUCUUGCCUUCCAUAUGUAUCAUCUACAGUCAUAAAAUGUUGGAUAUCAAAUUUGCAGUUUGAAAAUGUCCUACAUUGUGAUGAUAGAAAAGUAGUGAUAGGCUGAUAGCUAGAAGGAAGGGAACACUAAUACCAAAAUCUGAAUUUAAUUUUUUCUUGAUUAUGAAGGUUUUUCAAAGAGCUAUUACCAAAUGGGUUUCUAACUAAUUACUACUUGAGUG